AAACCAGAACAGAGACUAGUAUAUAAAUGAAGAAAGAGAGCAGACGAUGAGAUGUGAUGAGCUUCUUCUUCUUCUUCUUCUCCACAAGUCACAGAAAAGUCAAACAGACGCCGAAAACGACGCGAUUCUAGGGUUACCUUCCAUCGUCGAUCUGAUCUUCUCUCGGUUGAAGAAGAAGAGGAUAAAGUAAGCAUCGGUCCAUGGCUGAAUGAUAAUAGUUUUAUCUCCGGAGGUUCGGAGUUUUUUUUUUAGGAAUCUAAUAAAGAAGAAGAUGGCAGUCUCUUUCCCUCGUCUUCCGAGGUGGUUGUGUGGUGGUGGUGGUGGUAGCACUAAGAAAGACUCAAAAGGAUCAUCUCCUUCACUGAAGAAGACUAUUAAGGGUAAGAUGGGGAAUGUGCUGUUCCCUGAACCAGAUGAUCCUGAGUGGUCCAUUGGUUGGGUCGAGCCGCAUGGACCUGGGUUUAAAAGUGAGGAUGAUACUGGUGGUGGUGGUGGGUUUGUGGUUCUUGUUCCUUGUUACAAGAAAGUGAAUCAGAUUCCAACUGGCUUCCUCUCUCCUGCUUCGGAUAAGAAGAAUAUGGAACAGUGGCUGACGUCUAUGGGGAAGCUUUAAUACGCUGGAGGAUUUGUGAAGAUCAAGACUGUUUCUCUCAUUGUGUUUUUAAGUAUUCAAAAAUUAAAAAUCAAAUAAUCAAAAAAAAACCAGAAAAAAGAUUCGUGUGGAUAGGUUUUCUGGAGACUUCUUUUGGUUCUCUGUUUCAAGUGAGUGACAAAAAAACAUUAAGUCAUCCCUCUCAAGAAUCUACUACUAAUGGACAAAUGUGAUGGUGAUGGAGGCUUGGCAGCAUAAAAUGAAUGAAGAAUGAUGGAUUGAUAUGCUAUGAAUAUGAUAUAUGAUUUGAGUACUGGAUAUUUUUCAUGUGGGUGUUUGGAGUGAAGACGUUUUCUGCUUCUGUGGUCUGAGAUUAUUGGGUUUGUGAACAAACAAAGAAAAAACAUUUUUCUUUUUGUUCUUUUGUGAUUGAUGAUGUGUAAUAGUGUACAUACAUGUACAUAAGUUUCUGUUUAUAUUUCUUUUUUCUUGAAUCA